AUGGCUCCUGGAUGGUUGCAGGUCGUGUGUGUGCUGCUCCUCGGCAUGAGGGCAGCCCAGGGAACAAGCAUGGAUAUGCAGAACGCCGCCGCUAUGGCGGCGGGUCUGUGCAACACUCGCCCCACCGACCUGGUGUUCAUCGUGGACAGCUCCCGUAGCGUGCGUCCCUCCGAGUUCGAGCAGGUCAAGGUCUUCCUGGCCAAAGUCAUCGAGGGACUGGACGUGAGGCCCGACGCCACCCGCGUGGGAGUGGUCAACUACGCCAGCCGCGUGAAGAACGAGAUAUCGCUCAAGGCCACCCGCACCAAGGCCGCCCUGACCAAGGCGGUCGGCAAGAUCGAGCCGCUGUCCACCGGCACCAUGACCGGCCUGGCCAUCCAGUUCGCCCUUAACGUGGCCUUCAGCGAGGCCGAGGGCGCGCGCGUCAAGAGCCAAGGAGUCAGCAAGGUGGCCAUUAUUGUGACGGAUGGACGGCCACAGGAUAACGUACGUGAGGUGGCAGCGCGGGCACGAGACGCGGGCAUCGAGAUCUUCGCUAUCGGCGUGGGGCGCGUGGACAUGAACACGCUGAAGCAGAUGGCCAGCGAGCCUCUGGACGAGCACACGGACUACGUGGAGAGCUACAGCCUCAUCGAGAAGCUCACCAAGAAGUUCCAGGAAGCCUUCUGCGUCUCAGACCUGUGUGCUACUGGUGAUCAUGACUGCGAGCAGGUGUGCAUCAGCACACCUGGAUCAUUCAAAUGCGCGUGCCACGAGGGCCAGACCCUGAAGGAGGAUGGGAGAACCUGCAGUGCCUGCAGUAAUCCCGCGACUGACGUCGUGUUCCUGAUCGACGGCUCCAAGAGCGUGCGACCGGAGAACUUUGAGCUGGUGAAGAAAUGGAUCAACCAGAUCGUGGACAAGCUGGACGUGGCCGAGAACCGCGCCCACGUGGGCCUGGUGCAGUACUCCAGCACCGUGCGCCAGGAGUUCCCUCUGGGUCGCUACAACAACAAGAAAGACCUGAAGGAUGCCGUCAAGAAGAUGGCCUACAUGGAGCGUGGAACUAUGACUGGACAGGCCCUGAGCUUCAUCGUGGAGAACAGCUUCACUGUCAACCAGGGGGCCCGUCCUGGUGUAGCCAAAGUGGGCAUCGUCUUCACCGACGGCCGCUCUCAGGAUUACAUCGGCGAUGCCGCACGGAAGGCUAAAGAGAACGGUUUCAAGAUGUAUGCCGUGGGAGUGGGCAACGCAGUGGAGGAUGAGCUGAGGGAGAUCGCCUCAGAGCCCAUUGGCGACCACUACUUCUACACGGCUGACUUCAAAGCCAUGACGCAAAUAGCCAAGAAGCUGCAAAUCAACGUUUGCCCAGAUGAGAAUCCCUGUGAAUGUGACUCCAUCGUUAAGUUCCAGAAAAAAGUAGAAGAUGCUUUACAGGCAUUAACGAAAAAAUAUAUCCUUUUAUGGAGCUUUAAAGAACUGACCCCUCCCAUCCACACUCUCAUGCUUUUCUUACUCCAUGUAGCCCCUCCCAUCACACGUCGUCUCCUUGGAGACAGAGCACUGAUUGCCAUAGGGACCCUGACAGACGCCAUCCUCCAGUCUGCAGUCAUGGCGUCCGCUGGCCUGCUGCUCCUGCUGCUGAUGUCGUCCCCCCUCCUGGUCUCCACGGUGAUCGCCUCCGCACCUACCAAACGCAUGCUCGAGCCCGAAUGCAAACCAGGGUAA